UGCGCCGGGCGCUGGGGCGGAGCGGGGCUAUGGCCGCCCUGCGCUCCCUGCUGCGCUGGCGCCGCCGCCUGGGGCCCGCGCCCGGCGCUCCGCCGGCCCGGCGGCUCUGGGGCGGCGGCGGCGGGGCCGGGGCGGCCGGGCCGCGGCGGUGGCGGCGGGAGCUGGGCUGGGCGGCGGCGGGGGCGGCUCUCGCCGGGUUCGCGGGGUACCGGCUGUCCGAGCGGCGGCGGGAGCCCUCCCGGGAGCCGGCAGCCGCCGAGCCGGGCGGGGCCCGGGCGCUGCUCCCCAUCCCCGUGGCGGCCGCUGCCAAGGAGACGGUGACGGUUACAGACAGCAGAUCAGACCUGGAAGAUUUACACCUUUAUGCAACUCCGCGGGAGCAACGGUUUCGUAGGUUUGCCAGUCUGGAAUUUGAAGGACAGCUGUACAUGACUCCACAUGACUUCAUCCAGGCUGUUACCAGUGAUGAACCCAAACAUGCUAAAAAAUGGCGAUCACUUUCAAAGCAGGAACUGAAUCAGAUCCUUAUGGAGACACCACCGGUUUGGAAAGGAUCAUCCAAACUUUUCCGUAAUCUUAAUGAGAAAGGUGUGAUAUCUUACACAGAAUAUUUAUUCCUCUUAUGUAUUUUAACAAAGCCACAUGCAGGUUUUCGAAUUGCUUUCAACAUGUUUGAUACUGAUGGCAAUGAAAUGGUGGACAAAAAGGAAUUCUUAGUGCUCCAAGAAAUCUUCAGGAAAAAAAAUGAGAAGAGAGAAAAAAGAGGAGAUGAAGAAAAACGUGCAAUGCUGCGUCUUCAACUUUAUGGAUAUCAUACUCCUACUAACAGUGUUCUUAAAACAGAAGGAGAGGACCUUGUCCCCAGGAGCUAUUGGGAUACUUUGAGACGUAGCACAAGCCAAGCGCUCUUUUCAGACCUUGCGGAGCGUGCUGAUGAUUAUACAAGUUCACUGUCAGAUACUACACUGCUGGUACACUUUUUUGGCAAGAAAGGAAAAGCAGAACUGAACUUUGAAGAUUUUUAUAGAUUUAUGGAUAACCUGCAGACUGAGGUUCUAGAGAUAGAAUUCCUUUCCUACUCUAAUGGGAUGAACACCAUCAGUGAGGAAGACUUUGCCCAUAUUCUCUUGAGGUAUACAAAUGUAGAAAAUACAUCAAGUUACCUGGAAAACAUGCGUGGCAGUAUUCCUGAAGAAAAGGGUAUCACAUUUGAAGAAUUUAGAUCAUUUUUUCAAUUCUUGAACAAUCUAGAAGACUUCACAAUUGCAAUGCAAAUGUAUAAUUUUGCAAGUCGUUCCAUAGGUCAAGAUGAAUUCAAGCGUGCUGUGUAUGUAGCCACAGGUGUGAAGCUCUCACCACAUUUGGUGAACACUGUGUUCAAGAUUUUUGAUGUCGACAGAGACGACCAGUUGAGUUAUAAAGAAUUUAUUGGCAUUAUGAAGGACAGACUCAAUCGAGGGUUUAGGGGCUACAAACCUAUACAGAGGUACACUACUUUCAAAUCCUGCGUGAGGAAGGAGCUCUAUAGCAGAUAAAUCACGGAGACUCCGAAGUAUGGUUGGAAGGAAUAUUACUCUUGUGUGAUGACUGUAACCAGUGAGCAUCUCAGAGAUCUGUGGAAGCAAUUUCGGAGACGAGAUAUGCUGAGAUAAAGGAAGAAAGCAGGAUUGUCUGCACUGGCUAAAAUUAUUUAUUCCCAUGAAUUCUUAAUGAAGAACAAACUAACCCAGGUGAAUCGCGAAUCUUCCAGCUGCAGUAGAAAACACAGAACUUCUUUUCCACUUAGUGUAGUGAUCAUCAACUCUUAAAACUGCUUUUCAGUAUGGAUUUCAUUUAAUUGAUGAAUUAACUAUGCCAUGUGAGUGGGCAAAGCCUUCUUUUGUAAGAACACCUUUUGAAUAUUAUUUUUUAUUAUUUUGAGAUAAAUUUGUGAUUUAAAAGGAAACAAAAAUAAGUCUUACACCUGGGCAGGAAGAUGUUUGGCAGUGAAGAGAAACCGCCUGCAUCAGCUUAGACUGUGAAUUCACUUUCAGAUGAGCACUAUUAAAAGUUUGUGCUAAACUGAAAGUGAGACUACAUUAAGUAGCAUAACAAUUACACAUGAGUUGAAUGGACAAAUUAAAGUCUUAGAGGCUGUUAUUUUACAAGGAGUAAGCUGUUAUGGUUAUAAUGUGAAUGAUAGGUAUUUACCUAGGAAAAGUACUGUAUGAACUACAAUGUUCAGAUUCUCCAAGUCUUAUUAUUGUGUUUAUGAAUUUAUCCUUUUAAAAAUAGUACAGAUUUUAAGAUGUCUUACAAGCAGUGUGUCAAAGACAAGUCAAAAUGUUCAAAUUCAUGUAGCACACACUUUGUAAUAUUUAUUAUAAAUUUUAUUGCCAUACACUGGUAUGUUUCAGGUAGAGUACAAAUUCAUGUGUUUAUUGUGAAUAGUGCACUUUUAAUGAAGUGGCACUGAAUAGGAGUUAUAGUUGUCUAAUUUGCUACUCUGGAAUGCCGUAUCUGAAAACUAGAUAAAUAGCUUGUGUUUGUGUCAAAGCAAAAACAAAACAAAACAUGAAUGCAUGCACAGUACAGAACAACACUAAGUAGUAUUAUUUGAAUAUUACUUGUUUGCUAUUCAGCAGCAUAUUUCCUUACUCCCUAUUAACAUUAUUGUUAGGUAGUAGGAAUUAAAUCCACACAAACAAGAACAAAUAUUUUUCACACCCUUCUUGAAGAGAUUUACUGGAUAUUGAAUAAAUCUGUAUCUGUUUAGGAAAAGACUGUGCCAUGACAUGAUUCCAGCUGCAUACGCACACACUUGAACUAAUGUCAACAAAUUGUCAUCAGAAGCAGAAACAUUUGGUAAUCAGACAAUCAAAACAGAACUAAAAGAAUGCUUUUAGAUAUCUUACUACUCCAAAUCAUGAAAUAAAACUUUUUACAGUUUUAUUCAGUGCACAUGUUGCUCAAUUAUCAUCUUAAAUGUCAUGUGAAUAGAUGUAUGGUGUCUGUGUAACAGUGCAUCUAAGUUUUGAAAUGCUUAAUUUAUAGUAACAUAUAUUUCUGGUAGAAAAACCAAAACAAAAUGAGAAGGAAGCUUUUUUUAAGAAAUUCCACACUGAGAAUUGUUAAAAAAAAAAUAAAUUGCUAAGUGUGGCUUUUAUCUGAAAAAAAAAAACAAACCCCACCGCAAAACCCAGGCCAGUUCAGAAAACUAUCAAAGGAUGAUACUUCAGUUAAUAUUUCAUGAUAAAUAAAAUUCAAAAUUUCCACCUUGGUGUCCUUAAACUAUUGACAGCAAGAAAUAAAUCAAAUAAAUUGAGAUUAAGUUUCUUGAACUGACACAGCAGAACAGAGGUAAGCUGCAGUCCCUGAGUGAUCACUUGGGGAAUCAGCUGUAUUCAGUGUAUUGUCUUGGUACACAGAACUGUCUCACUGCUUCUUGUCAGCACAUGCAAAACCCAGUUUGCUACUUCAGUGGCAAAGGACAAAGAAGAGAGAAGAAAACAUUGGGAGUCACCAAAGGGGUUCCCAUCCUUCCUUUUCAUUCACGGCUGUCACUCACAGUGACCUCCCCUUGGAGGAAGCAGCUGUACCAUCAUCAUUUUGCUGCUCCACUGCCCUAGGCAAUAGUGCACUUUGCUUUUAUGGCUGGCUUGAAGCAAUUUUUGCAUUUUUCUAUAAAUUUCUUAUCUAUAGUUACUUAAUAUUAAAUAGAAUGUGAAAGUGUCAGAUUAGUUUCUAAGACUAUUUUUCUUCAUGUUUAAUAAAAUUAUUUAAUAUAAAUAUGAAUAUAUACAUAUAAUAUUCUUGUUCAUUUCAAAAUAAAUGCACUUAAAACUAA